GUCAGGGCAGCGUGUGGAAGUGUAUAUAAGGGAGCUCCACCGCCAGUCAGGUAUCAUCGUCACCCGGCGCCUCACCACACACACACCAGACAUGAAGCUCGUCCUCCUCGCCUGCCUGGCCGCCCUGGCCGUCGCCGCUCCUCAGUUCGAAAAUGCAAUCCCUGUAGUGAUCCUCCGCGACGACCGUGUGGACAACGGUGACGGCAACUUCAACUAUGCCUUCGAGAGUGACGAUGGCAUCGCCAUAGAAGCCUUCGGCUCCCCUGGCUCAGUGGGUCAGAGCAACAUCCAGGGCACCAUCAGAUUCAUCCACCCCGACGGUACCCCCUCUGAGAUCAGCUACUCCGCUGACGAGAACGGCUUCCAGCCCCAGGGUGCCCUCAUCCCCACCCCUCCUCCCCUCCCCGCCCACGCCAUCGAGCAGAUCCGCAUCGGCGAAGAACAGCGUGCUGCCGGCAUCACCUUUGAUCAACGUGGGUUCAGAGUGAACAGAAAGUAAACGCCUUCUAAAGUUACCUACACUGCAGAUAAGCUCAAUUCAGACAACGUGCUGGUCCACAACUGACUCUACUUCCCACACAUCCACCAGGCCGAGGGGCAACGCUUCCAUGUCAGUACUUUCGAACACGACAGGAGAGGUUGACCUCUUCCUUAAUAAUACCAUUUUCUCAAAAUUAUUUUCAGUGCUCCAAGCUUAUAUUAAGUCUUUGGAGAGCACAACUGACUACAUGCAUUGAAAACGAAAUAAAAUUGAAGAUUCUAAAA